AUGGGCGUACGUGUUGAACAAUUGGCAAUACCAGUACCGUCUGGCAUUACAUUACGCGCCAAGGCUUGGGGGGUACCGCCAGUAGACAACGAUGAUGCUUGCCGAAGAGCCAUCAUCGCUAGUCAUGGUUGGCUGGAUAACGCUGGAUCGUAUGAUCUCAUCGCCCCAAUGCUUGCCGAAAAGGCAGGAGCGUACAUUGUUUGUCUGGAUCUAGCUGGUCAUGGACUUUCUGAUCAUCGCCAACCUCAUCUUGAAUACUUGCUCUGGGAUUAUGUAGAUGAUAUGCUUGGAGUCGUCGAUUACUUUGGCUGGCCAAAGGCAAACAUCCUUGGACACAGCAUGGGCGGCCACAUAUCCUUAAUAUUCGCGGGCACAUUCCCAGACAGAGUAUCCAAACUCUGCGUCAUCGAAUCAUUCGGCCCGUCGUUCAAAUUCCAGGACGACCCCAAGGAACUACGAGACCACAUAUUGAAACGCAGAGCUCUGGAUUCUGGACGUGGUAAACCAAUCUAUGAGUCUAUAGAGAAGGCAUGCCUAGCUAGAACGAAAGGGUUGACAAAAGUCUCAAUGGAUGCGGCUCGUCUCUUGACUGAAAGAGGACUGACGAGAGUAGUUGAAGGCAAUCAGGAUGUAGGGAUACCAGGGCGAGGAUUAAUAUCUGAAGAAGGAGAUGAUGAGAUUGAAACUAAUGGUGGUGCUUCCGUAGACGCAUCAGGCGUUACGUCAGUGAAAUAUACAUGGUCUACCGACAAACGUCUGACUUUACGUCCCUUCUUACGAUGGGCAGAUAAUGCAGUGGAAAACUUCUUAAGGGCAAUCACUGCUCCAACUCAAUUGAUAUUUGGCCUACAAACCGCUAUUUGGAAUCUAGAUGAUGAUUUCUGUAAAACGAGAUUUACUUGGUUUGGGAAUCUGAGAAAGGAUUUGUUGCCUGGUACACAUCACUUGCAUCUAGAAGCUGAGACUGCUGAAGCUGUUGGUGAUUCGAUUCUGGAGUUUUUGGAAUUGGGAGAUGAUGCUAAUCGGCCUUUAAAGAAGGCCAAGGGGGAAGAAAACUGA